CUAACUCUUGAGCAAAUACAGUACUCGAAACCAUAUUUUCAGUUCGAACCUAAGUUUCAGUCGAAUUGCAAAUAUUUGCUCCAAACAAUCUUCCGCUCAAUCCUCGUCGCCAACAAAUUCACCGACGCGGGAGAUCUAUAAACUACCGCACCACCAUAGUUGACAAUCUAGGCUUCAAAUUGGCAUGAACUUAACGCCGAUUAUAUUUUAUACACACAAAUAAUACACAAGGGGGAGUGAUCUGUGUUUCAAGUAUGGGAGUGAAAUAUGCAUUUCAGUUGAUUCUUAUGCUCGCUUUGCUUUUCAAUGUCGCUCUCUGCAAAACGAUCAAGCGUGAUGUGAAAGCUCUUAAUGAAAUUAAAGCAUCUCUUGGGUGGAGGGUGGUGUAUUCCUGGGUCGGAGAUGAUCCUUGUGGGGAUGGGGGUUUACCUCCUUGGUCUGGUGUCACUUGUACUACUCAGGGUGAUUACAGAGUAGUUACUGCAUUGGAAGUUUAUGCAGUCUCUAUUGUUGGGCCUUUUCCUACUGCAGUCACCAAUUUGUUGGAUCUUACAAGGCUGACCAAUUCCACCUCAAAUUGGGCGGUUGAUUUCAAAACAGAAUAACAAGUUCUUAGCUUUCGCUUUAUUCUUGAGUUCAAGGGUUUAUACUAUACGAGGUCUGCGAUUGGCGUGUAUCAAAACUCUUGAGCCGGUGCUUUGGUUAGGGAGGAAGAGUAUUGUCGGUCUGAUAAUUUUGAUCACUAUUUCCAAUUCAGGUAACAUUGAUCAAGGACUCACCGACCUUGCAAAUAAAUCAGG